CUUUUGUACUCUGCAAAAAGCACUGCGACUGGAUUAUGAACACGUAUCUUUAUAUUAAUUUUCGUUCGCCCUCUCUCGAGUCUCGACCCAAUCUCAUUAAAUUUAGUGCACGAGCACUAUCUUGCAAGUGCGUAUAAGCCCUUAACAGAGUUUUCUGGACCACUUCGCAAUUCCUUCCAGCUUUAUUGAGCUCAACCAACCGAAAACGACUUCAUAACUCCGGCCUUAAUUAAUCAUCUGACGGUAGCACGCUACUUUACUGCGCCGUUGGCAAGCCCUGUUGAUGGCAACACGUAACCGGGCAUUGCUCAGUGCACAUGAAAGCGUUGUUCAUCGAGCAAGGCUUGUACGAGCACACACACCUUUGGUUUUCUGUACACGCAACUUUCUAGCUCAGGUUACUCCAUCGAGCGAUGACGAUACUGUGGCACCCAGUCUAGCAACUACUUAAGGGAAGUGGCCCGAUACAUGGUACCAAAUUCGUGCACAUGCACGAAAUCUUUCACUUUCGCGCACUCCCAAACCCUUUUUUCUCUUGUUUUAUGUCAAUCUGUAGUCAAAUGAUUUGUAUACACAGGCCUGAAAACCGUUUGCGCGCGCAACAUCCGGUUCGCGAGUUAUGAGCCCUGGAUAUUCAGGUGUACCAAAAGUCUCAUUAUGGACCGAUCUCCUUCAGAUUUUGCACGUAAAUGCACAUAACCACGAAGAACGUUUUUACACCGACCCACUGUUCUAGCCGGUUUCUGCUAAACUACAAGCUAGGGUGACCUUUCUUGGGACCGAGAGAGAAUAGCUGCUGAAAAAAAUGUACCGGCCUCUGAUGAAGACCAGCAUUACCGCCAAAGCUGGGCUGAACCGCAACAAGCCGUGUGGCAUUUUGAUGGGCCAAACUGGAGCUGGAAAAUCAACACUGGGCAACAUGUUAUGCGGCACCAAGCAUGCUUCCGGUGCGUCAGAGGCCAGUUUAACCCAGCUGCUCUUCAGGAACGAUGUAUGCGUCGGAAGGAAUGCAUUUUCUGUCAUCGACACACCAGGAACAGAUAGUCAGACCGACACGUACAAACAUGCACUGCAGCUGCGCGCGGGACUGACAGCCACGGAGCUGAAUACCAUUUUCAUUGUAUUAAAAUAUGAAAACCGAUAUAAUAAAAUGGUGGACCACUACCUGCAAGUGGAGCAACCGGUCGGCACAUUCACAAAUAGAAUCGUAAUUCUCCUUUCGCAUAUGGAUAACGCUGACGAUCACAACAAGGAGUUUUCAAAGAUCUGUGGUAUACUGACGGAAACCAGCCCAAAGAUUGAUAACAUAAUUUUCUUCUCCAAGAACAGCGAUCCCAGUGUUAUUGCUGACUUGAUGUACGCCUGUAUGUCCCACAUGGUACCGAAGCGGCUGAAAAUAUCUGACGAGGAUUUCCGUUUUCAUUUCAACUUGUACGAGAUCCGAAUGGGCAUGAGACGAUGCUUCGAUCAGUACAGAAAGCAGGUGAAUGAUAAGUAUGCCGCAUACUGCAGACUACGCGACCAGACAAAAACUGACUACGAGGAAGAUCAGGACGAGCUCUUUCACGCCAUGAUUGUCCAGUUUAAGUUUGAUAUCGAUGAAUUGUACCAGGAGUUCGUAAAUAAGCAUGGCCAAGCUAUGGUUGAGAUGGACUGUUAUGCCUUGUCUGUCCAGAUGCAAAGGGAGAACGUCAGGAUUAACGAUGAGUUUGUCAGCUCGGUGACCCCGCUGAUGACGUACAAUUUAUUCGAUAACAUGGAUCCGCGAAACCAAAUCAAGGCGUGCCCGCAUUGUGGGCUGAUUUGGUGGAAAACCGAAGGUUGCGAUGGCACUACCAACUGCGGGAAUCGGGUCACUUCGAUGUUUGACGUACAGCCGAAAGCCCUCUUUAAAUACACUCUGAAGUGGGUUAACGGUGAGUUAGUUCCGACCAAAAAUCACAUUCCGAAGCUAACGGACAACGUUGCCAACGCCACUCGCUCAAGCAAGGGUGUCGGAUGUGGAAAAGCAUUUGUUUGGACGGAUAUACCGAAACUCAAUGACGAGAUCAUCUUCCAAAUCUUCGAGGUGAAGACGAUGGAAGAAGUGCGGAACAUCAUAAGAACAGAAGGAUUCCAGAGGGCCGAAGCCAGUUAUCUGCAAACUGUCGACUUAAGUUUUCACGAGUAAAACUACCCCAUCAUCGGGUUUUCAGAAGCCGCGGUGCAAAACAAAUAUUUUCUGCUACCAUGCGAGUCUCUAGAGGGCAGAGGAUUUCAUCUGGUUUAGUUUUGGCAAAAAAUUCUGCUUGUCAGUUGAACUCAUUGCUUUUCUCUGUCUACCGUAUCUGUUUUUUCUUCACCAGGUAGAGACCACGAAUCAUUAUUUUUCGAGUCUUUUACGCUCAGUUUUUUAUCUUCUUAUGCUUACGUGAUGCAUACAAUUCUUACGAUUGUGAGUAUUACGGUUAUAAUUGUUUUACCGUGCUUUUCCCCAUAUAAGUUUCGCUGCUUUCCCUUACGUAAUUCCCCAGCUAUAAUUAGAGAUUCUGUUGUAAUGAUCAAUACUGACUAAUAAUGGUGUGCGCUAGUGCUGUGCAAAAUUGAUUACAACA